UGCGCUCUGACCGCACUGCUACGCGCCGGAAGCAGCCCCGGCCGGGGAACUGGGGCGCGGCGGCGGGACCGCGGGGCCGGCGCUACCAUGCCGGUCACCGGCAAGAGUUUCCGCCGGCGCCGGGCCGACUCGGAGUCGGAGGAAGAUGAGCAGGACUCAGAGGAGGUUCGAUUAAAACUGGAAGAGACUCGCGAGGUGCAAAACUUGAGGAAGAGGCCCAACGGGGUGAGUGCUGUGGCCCUGCUGGUAGGAGAGAAGGUACAAGAAGAGACCACCCUAGUGGAUGAUCCCUUUCAGAUGAAGACAGGUGGUAUGGUGGACAUGAAGAAACUGAAGGAAAGAGGCAAAGAUAAGAUCAGUGAAGAGGAAGACCUCCACCUGGGGACGUCAUUUUCCGCAGAAACCAACAGAAGGGAUGAGGAUGCCGACAUGAUGAAGUACAUUGAGACAGAGCUGAAAAAGAGGAAAGGGAUUGUGGAACAUGAAGAACAGAAAGUCAAGCCGAAGAAUGCAGAGGACUGUCUCUACGAACUUCCAGAAAACAUCCGUGUUUCCUCAGCAAAGAAGACCGAAGAGAUGCUUUCCAACCAGAUGCUGAGCGGCAUCCCCGAGGUGGACCUGGGCAUCGAUGCUAAAAUAAAAAAUAUCAUUUCCACGGAGGAUGCCAAGGCCCGUCUGCUGGCAGAGCAGCAGAACAAGAAGAAAGACAGUGAGACAUCUUUCGUGCCCACCAACAUGGCCGUGAAUUAUGUGCAGCACAACCGAUUUUAUCAUGAGGAGCUCAAUGCCCCCAUACGGAGAAACAAAGAUGAGCCCAAAGCCCGACCCUUGAGAGUGGGUGACACCGAGAAGCCAGAGCCUGAGCGAUCCCCUCCUAACCGCAAGCGUCCUGCUAAUGAGAAGGCCACUGACGACUAUCACUAUGAGAAGUUCAAGAAGAUGAACAGACGGUACUAAGGGUGGGAGAAGGGAGAAGUUGCAGACUGGGAUGUAAAUAGUGUUGUCCCUCCCAUAUUCCCUUGACGAAAUGCUUCUUGAACAGAAGUUUGCUUCUGUUCUAUUUGCUAGCAGACCAUUCCAAAAACAGACUCUUAGUCCUGCUGCUUACAUGCUGGAUUUUUCAGGCACUGCAUUUAUAACCUUUUGAAACAAUGUGUAGUUUCCUUAUUUGGAGGCAAAUUCUAUUCUUGUGAGCAUUAUUAAAUCUUGUUUGUAAAUA